CGCGCAAAGGACGACGGCGCUGGGGCUACCGCCUUUCCAAAUCCCCAACGUCACGCCCAUUCCGGACCGGUUGUCGGAUCGACUUGCGUUCAGCAGCUUCGCGCGACAUGACAUGCUGGCCAUUCGGUAUCGAUUGCAAGAACUCUGUCUGGGACGGCUCGAAAGGGUAAUUAGUUCGCGCAUAUGCAUAAACAGAGGUAGUUCGUGGAGGUGUUUCAACACAAUUCAGCCUGCAAAGUUUGACAGACGUUCAAUCUACUUGCGCAAAACGUGACGCUAUGCACCAUUUCCGUUGCAAUUCCAAUUCGCGUCUCGGUAUCAGGAGGAGCAAGUUGGGCAACUUUUCCGCAAUCUGCUUGAUAGAUGAGGUUUAGAAGCACUACUUUUUGUCGGCCGUCGAGAAGUUGUAGUAUACAGAUACACACGUGCAUCGUCCAAAAGUCCAAGCCCCGACGUGUUCUUUGCGAGGGACAUUGGACAGGCAGCGGCGAUUGGUCCGCAAGUCGUCGUCGGAAUGGAUGCAAUCGAGGGUCUGUGGCUGCUGCGCACCUUCCUUAUCUGCAUGGUGAUCUACCUCACUUACCGCUUCUACUCCCAGCAUACCCGAAAACCGAACGAAUACGGGAGGGCAAACUUCUCACAUCACUACAGAUGCCCCUCCAUACCAAGAAUUUCAGUUCGUUUUUACGUAUGCACUCCUUGACUCAUAUGUUAUGGGAAAUUACUUUUUGUACGGCGCUGUCCUUCAUCUGUUAAAGAUGACGACGGUUGUUCCUCUUGCUACGAGGGGCGAGCAAGUUUUCGUGAGCCGCUAGAGGAGAUUGAGCUAGGCAUGCGCAUCUGCUCCUCGCCCUCUCAGCUGCAUAGGCCGCAACAAGAUCCUAUCCAGGAAAAAACACCCAUCCCCAUCCAUUUUUUGCAUGGCAAAUAGUGGAUUUUAUACAUGUUUUGCAUGACAAAUUGGAUGGGGAUGGGUGUUUUUUCCUGGAUAGGUCCAUGUCGAAGUUUCUACCGCGAGGACGAGCUUCAGGAUUUUAUCCUGAAGUGCCCGGCGUCCCCCAUUAGAAGCUCGGUUUUCCAGUUCUUGCCAAAGGUCCGGGUGGACUUGGGGCCCGACGUCCACCCAAGGUUGCACAACCUGCAUAGGGCUCGUGGGUCGGCCCCCCUGCGCGCUCUAAGUGGUUUCCGGGGUUGUGAUUGGGCCGCGGCAAGCACGCCGCGAAGGGCAUUGCUGGCCCGAAGCCCGAAAUCACAAAACCAGUGCGCAACCCCUGGCCCCUUGGGCGAGGCCGGGCCCCUUGGGAGCCGGGCCAUAGCGGUCGCGUUGCCGCUGCGACCAAGACAUCCCCCCACCCCAGUCCCGGCUUGGAAUGCUCGCAAAAGAUGAGAAGAGCAGGGACGAAACGGCGAGCAGAGGAGGAGGCGGCACAGGGCUGAGAAGCCCUGCCCACGCUGCAGGCGGGGGGGCCUGCGAUGGAGUUUCUGCACCUUAACGGAGAAGGCCCCAACCCAAUAAGCACCAGCCUCCCGGAGGCGUGGCCGGGCAGCGCGUCGUGGGUUUUGAAGUGGCCGCUUUGUAUGGCGGCAGAACAUAGCCCGCCGAAGUGAUACCCCGGCAGGGGUCGCUGCGGCUUCAUCUUUUGCUGGAAGCACUGGGCACAAGGAAAAACGCCGGCGCCGGUGUCCUCUGCAGGCCCUAGCUACUAGGGACGGCGGGCAGGAGUCUCGGCGCCGACAUUGUUGCAACCCGCCUAGUUGCGGCUGAGGCCCUCCAGCAAGGGACUAGCUGUAGCUUACGCGCACCUCAUUGGACCGUUGCGGCCUGCGGACUGGCCCACCCGUUGCCAAGCGUCGCCCUCCGCCACCGCCCCAUGUCCCUCAUUUGCGUAGCAAUUCCAAAGCGGCGGCCCCUUAUUGUUGGGCAGUGACUGAACCCGGAACGCAAUCCCUGCCCGGCCAAGCAGGUCGGCUGCUGCACUAGUCUUUGAGGCAGGCAAAUCACGGCGCCCCCCAAUCACCCGCCCGCGCAUCAUUCUAAGGCACGCCAUUGACCGGCCGGGCCGUCCUUCCCCCGCAUUGAUGCCGCUUCGCCGCGCCUUCCUUCUCUUGCUAGUUACCCUGCGUGCCUUUGUAGCUUUCUUCCUGCAUUGCUUUUCAAUAUGGUAAGCGCAAAUACCUCAAGACCCAUCGAUGAAAUUUUUAUCAUUUUCAAAAAUAUCACUUUGCUCCCGCCAUAACAAGAUCCAUGUCGAAGUUUCUACCGCGAGGACGAGCUUCAAGAUUUUAUCCUCGUUGACAUCAUGGUUAAGGAGGUACAUAGUGCCAAAAAUUAACCCCCCCGGCUGAUGGCUUUAGCCAGCGCGCGCGCUGGCUUUAGCCACAAAAGUGCUGGCUAAAUUUGAUCGAUUUCGGCCUUUAAAGCAUUGAACUCGAUGAAAUUUAGUCAGCGCUCGUAAACAUAGUGAAGCUACUCGCGGGCGCGCCUGGAGGUCUUGUGGAGGGACCAUGUCUGUUUGUUCGAUAGCAGAAACCGCCGCGCGCUGCUCGAUUUCUGGCAACCCACCCGAGGCUCUGUUGUGUUUCUUGUGGCGUUGGAGAGAGGCGGUGGAGGGUGGGGGGCGCCGUCUUGGGAAGGGGCGUGCGAAAGUGGCGCCGGAUUUCUUGGGCCACCGGCCUGGGCAUCGGGACGGCCCGACCGCGCGCUCCCACUCUUGGUUAGGAGAGUCCGCGGGAAGAGCAUGCGCGCAUUGUGUGUUCCUGCUUCCUGGGGCACCGAUUUUGCGUUGGGCGUGGGCCCGCCAUCGUUUCGAUGGCUUCCGUGUUUCGCCUUUCCCAGGUGCAGCCCGCUGGCCUUGUUCCAAGGCGGAAGGCGGCUGGCCGCCCGGCAGGAAAGCGUAACGCCCGUUGGCUGAAAGACUUGCUCCGCCUCCGCGCGCCGCUAGGGCACCGCGCCGGACCGCCGGGGGCAACCGAUGGGAGCCAGGCACCCACGCUGGCCCCGGAUUGGCAAGCAAAGCCCCCUGGCGCUCGGGGCCGUCCGCCUGCCCCAGUGAAUGUGUCCCAGGCUUGUUCCGGUGCCGCCCGCCCGCCGGACGCCCUGUACUGCCUGUGCCCUCCUUGACUUUGGAGGGCUCAGCAGCAGGAGCCCACUUGCGCGCGCGCGUCGGGCGGGCCGGCCUGCCUGUUCGACCAACCGGGCCGAGGGCCGCCCCAGCCGGUUAGAAAGCGCGUUCUUCGGGGGAUAGAAGAGCUUCUCCGCCGGGCGUGCUGGUCGCCCGGCCCUGGCCCUGGGGAUAGAAGGGCGGGCGCGGAAAAAGCAUGGGUGCCCAGCAGGCCCGGCCAAUCAACCCCGUCGCCCGCCGGCCAGUAGAAUUCCCACCCGCUGCGCCCCCGGCAAUGUCAGCCCUUCGCCGCUGGUUCGCGGGGGCGGGUUGGUAGAGGGCGCCCGGGUUUUUGUUUUGAAAAAGCCGCGACGUUCUUGCCGCGAGCGUCAGGUCGGGCGGCCUUCGGAUGGGAUGCUCUUAGGUGGCAUCGGUCGAUGGUCGCGCGCUGGUUGUCGAAGUUUCUACCGCGAGGACGAGCUUCAAGAUUCAUUUUAUCCUCGUUGACAUCAUGGUGCUGUGGGGAUGUUUUUCGUUGGGAUGGCGAGACUCUGGCAGAAACCAUGUUGCAGUUUGGCGAUCGGGUGGUGUCGGUGAGAGAGACGCUGAAAGAGUCUGAGUCCGAGGAGGAGUACGACACUGAGGAGGAAGUCAGCGAAGUUGCCUCGUCCGCCGAAGGUGGUCAGGUCGAAGUGGCAGAAACCGCACAAGGCAGCAGUCCCCCGGAUCGCGAUACGAACAUGGAUUUUGCCCGCAAACUGCACGCUUUUUUGGAGCACAAAUUCGUCAUUGCGUUCCAGCUCAUCUACCUGUUGCUCUACCUGUACUUCUACGUCUAUGCCACGCAGGUAAAGUUCCGGAUCGAUUUUUGGCGCAGGAAUUCCAUUUUGAUCUCGAUGCACGAUUCCUGUCUGGGUAUCACAAAGGCGGACUGGCAGGAGGGAACCACGUGCGAGGUACUAAGGCUCGACUCUUGCAUUUGAGCUUCAGCUUGUAGAGUCAACAUACGGUUCUCGUCACUGUUUUGGUUUUUUCAUUUUCAUUUUCUCGGUUCGUGGUUCCUAAUACGGUUGUGGACCAGAGGAUGAUCAUGAGGAAUGUCCUUCAAACUACCUCCCCCACUGUCGCUCACUUACACACAGGUGAAUCUGUUUUUGAAGUACUCCAUCGAUACCUAUCUUCUCGAAUAUGUACGCAAGACCAAAAUCAGCUCGCAAGGACUGUCGCGCGUUCGUCAACAACACAAAAAAAGCAACAAGCCUGGUCCCCGAAAAAAAAAAGCAUAUAUUAGAGAUCUUUUAGUCCCCCACACUAGUGUAAGUAUCUUUUGUUACGACGUCAGUAACUCCAUGUGGAACUACUGCGAUUGGUUCUGCCUUGUUGUACCGAGGGGGUUUGAUGCAGACGCAGACGCCUCGAGAUGCAUAUUCAUAAUUUAUUUGGUUGCUUCCAGUUACACGAGCUGAGUUUUCCCGUUGGAUAGAGCGCACACGCGUUGCAAAUCAUCCACCGCUUUCGCAUUUGGGACUUCGCCACCUUGACCCUGUUCUCGUGUCUUCUGAUCCUCCGCGCCUUGUCCGCCCGGGGGGCGCCGGAGUUUGUCAAGGAAAUGCGUGCCCAACGAAAAGACGGGCAGGAGGACAAGCGCCACCUGAAGAAUGCCACGGAGACCACCGUGCUGGAAGGCGUUUACCACUUUUUUCGGUACGACUACUUCGCGCUCUUCGAGUUGCUCCUCGGUAGUUUCGGCGGCUUUUGGUUUCUCCUGAUGCCCGAGAAGGUGUCGUGGAUGCAGUACCUGACAAGCUACGUGCUGCCCUUGCAGCACUACGCCUUGUGCAGUCUAGGCUGGGUUUUCCUCUUCCGCGUUCUCCUCGAGUGCUGCGAGUACUCCAUCUUCCUGCACAUCAUCUCGCACUGCAUGCAGAGCCAGAAAACGGUUCUGAAAAUCUACUUUAUCAUCUUCCUGAGCGCGCUGCUGCUGCAGGGCUGCAUCGGGUUGUGGUUGCAGCGCUGCACGAUCGGGUACGAGCUCGCGGACGGGUCCGACCUCUAUUCCUUCUACGGCAAGAAGCACGCACCCUUUCAGCCCACCAGCGACCGUGCGUUCGCCAAAGACGAGUACGGAAGAUACUUGCGGUUCCAGGUGUCCACGAUAGAGUCCAUUGCGGGGUCGAUUCACUAUCACGCAGAAAUCACUAAGAAUUAUAAGCGAGCUGAAGUAGCAGAUCCAUCUUUCGGGUAAAUCCGAUGCAAACUACUUUAUGACGAAAAGGAAAACCGCAUGAAAACAUCUACUGGUACGCCUUCAUCACAAGCAUUGAUUCUGUUUCUGCAUCUACCCAAACCCAAACGCGCAAUGAAGAAAGUUGUGAAAAGCUAGUGAGGUGAGAGUUGGCGCCCCCUUCUCUCCCCUUGCUGGGAAUCACUACUACUACUACAUCUAUCGCAUGACCAACAUGAACAUCCGUUAUCGCAUGACCAAAUCUGUUUUCCACCUCCGUUAUUCUUUGUUUUUUGUACGUGAUACUUCCUACGGCAUGACCAUGCUGAUCGGGCUAGGUCCACCGGAUUCCUUUCUGCCGCAACUAGGCUUUUUUGCCGUGCUGUUUUUCUGUGCGUGCUACCUGCACGCGGGUUGCUACGCGGGAUUUCUCGGGGCCGUGCUGGAUGUCGGGUUAGAGCACAUGCACGACACCGUCAACGAGCUGUUGGGGGAGCAGGACAAGGAGGUCGAGGACCUGGUCACCCACGUACCGCUGCGCUCCAGCGCCUUGGUGGUCGAAUCGCUGCAAAAGGUGCACAAUCUGGAAUACGGUUUCCCGCCCGUGGAUGACAGCGACGACGAUGAUGAUGGGGCAAAGGAAGAGGACAGUAUGAAUCCGUGUGUAACAAGGUGCUGGGACAAGACAUCGCUCACUCGACAUUCGUUGCAUCACUAAGAUACGCAGUCGUUGUUCUGGAAGAGCAACCCACAAUUUCUAAACGGCACACGAACACAAGUUUUGCCUGUCGGGAAAAGCGCAGUCUGACAUUUUGUUUUAGGGUACGACUAUAUACGAGAAACCGAGGUGGCGAGCCUGGGCCUGUCAUGCUUUCAGCAACGGUACUGAUGAGGUUCCUACUUGUCCUUAUGCCUAGAACCAGCCCCACCGGCGGCGACGCCUCCUGCAAUGUAAGCAGCUUGUGUGUAGCACAGCAGGAGCAAGGACAAAGAUUGUAUUGCAACGCACACUCAACAUAGAAUUACAAGAUGAAGGUCCUUCGUUUUCCCACCACCUAGCGCUUCCAUAGACAACGACGGCGACGCGGCAGACGAGGACGGCGAGAAAGCGCGAUCUAGCGAACAACGUGGCUCGACCAUUUCUAUGACUCGACGGGGUGGAUGAGAAUUUUCAGGUGCCGGUUUGGUGACGAUUUCAAAAAAACAAAAAUAAAAACUUUCUAUUUCCAGAGCUGACCCGGGCCCAUCCCCACAUGUUUUUGUGGUGUGUGUGGAUGUGUAACGGGUUCGUUCCAAAUAUGGGCCGCGGGUGCGCUCAUCCUAGGGUCAAGCCGCAGCGGUUUUGAUUCUGGGUGUGUGUCCUGCCUUGUUGCGGGUUUUGGCGUCCUCCCCUUUAGGCGGGGUCGGCAAGCUUCGCUUCUCCUUUCGGCUUAGUGGGGGCACAGCAUGUGCACAAUCUUGCUCGGCGCGCAGGUUGACGGACCCGUGGUGUCUCCUUGCUGGUUGGUUGGUAGUCUCGUGACAGAUGAGUGACGGUUUGUGGGAAGGAUAUUUGACGUUCUGGCGACGGUUUGUGACGGUUGUUUGACGGUUUGUGACGGUUUCGUCAGAAAUUCCGCUAAAACGGAGCAUACCAUCGGGGAAGAAAAACUGUCACUAACCAAAUUGGAACCGCCUUCCAACUUGUGACGGUUCUGUCACCAUUCCGUCAAAUUGCGUCAUUUCAUUCUUGGGCUACCUGAGGGCCUACCUAGCUACUUACCACCAAAGGCGCCCAUGGGAAACGUCAGGCGGCAACCCAGAAUAUGGCCAACGUCCAGCCGUUGCGCGCCCCUGCGUUGGCUGGUGGGAUGCCAGUCGUUGGGCAUUUGGGGUUUGCCCUUUCGUCUUUUUGUGUUAUGGGGGCCCACACAAUUUUCAACGCGUGUGGCGACAUGCGUGCACGCUCCCCAGGCAGACACUGUCCUGGGGUAGGACCAAUGGUGCUUCGCGGUGUGUUUCGCGGCAUGGCUUUGCCGCCUAUCGCCCGAAGCUAUCGUAGUGCCGAGCCACAGUAAAAUUUUCGCUUUUCUUUUUUCAAAACGUCACGAAACCGUCAGACCAUGUAACUCAUCACGAGCCGUCAGGUUGAACAUUUCUGCCGCGGCAUCAACGGAAGAGACCUUUAAGGAGACGCUGCUGAGCCGUGUGACCUUCCUGGACCACCCCGUCUACAACACUUUUCUUCAGUUUCUGUUCCUCAUCCCCGUCACCCUCGCCACACCGUGCUUCGAGUAUGAGGAAUUUGAAAGUCGGCAUGUAUUUGCCGACGAGCCGGCAGAGCAGAUUUUCAAGUACUGUCUGAUCGCUGAGGGAUUCAUCAUCCUGUUCCAUUUUUGCGAGUUCAUAGCCCUUUUUGCGCGAGUGCACAACGAAUCCUCCGUCCUGGCCAGGAGGCGGCAGGCCGAGGGAAACAAGGAGGUCGAGGCCAACUGCGCGUACUACCCCUUCACGUUUUUCGGAUUCGUCGACGUGGGUUCCUGGCUUCUACCCGCCCUGGCCCUCGUCAUUUGCCUCUUUGGGAUCAUCGGGCAGGGCGACGGCACCGCAAGCAAGGUCGGGGAAAUCCUGAAGCCGAAUAAUCUGAAGAACUACUUCCAGGAGUGGCCCAGUGUUCCGCCCUACAUGGACCCGACCGACUUUUUCUGGAUUUGCGGCUACAUGUGCCAGCUGGAGUCGCCGCACGAUAUGGAGAAGCGGCAGCUCGCCUUUCUGACGCUGCUCGUUUGCGGCCGCAUUCUGAUGCUCUUCAAGCUAUCCACAGUAAACUUGCCAUGCAGCACGGCGUACAAGAAAUGACCAACGUUGAUGAGCCUGAGAAUGCAUGGUGACGACACCGACAAGCUUUUAAACCUUUGUGACGUAUUUGUUCCAUUUGGUACGUGUGCAGUAAACAUGUGUGAAAAAUGCAUAGAAGCCCAUGCGGUACUACAACACCAUUAACACGAUCAUCACCGGCUGCCACAACAACCGUCACGUGCUCCGGUUUUCGUACGCUUUCGCGUUUUGCUUCCUACUGCUCGGUUCCGCGACCCUGUAUCUAUGAAAUGCAAAAGCAUCGUACUAGUAUAAAUCGCAUGACAAAUCUCCUCAGCAAGAGAUGUAGAAUUUGUAAUGCGGAUUCCACUUGAGAAAGACAUUUGUAAUGCAUGAAUGCGAUUAGUAGGACUACGAUACUUUUGCACAGGAUAGUACCUGUCUUCCUACGACGCACUGCUGCCGGAAGAGCAGUACGACUGCAAUUCCUUGUAUGGAUCUGUCAGGAUUGAAAUCGUCAAAGUUGAAACGAUUUGCCAUGCAUAAAAUGCAAGGCAUCAAGUGCCUGUCUUGCCGGGAUGGCAAGGGAGGCAGAUUGUGAGCCUAUUUAGGGUUUGGGAUAGAGCUGCUAAAAGAGCAUGACAAAAGCAGUCUUCUGUGCCCAAACAGCAUGACAAAUUGGAUUCCGGUGCUCCGAAGAUUUGUCAUGCGCCGCUUGAAAAUUGGGCUUCCAACUGGUAUCCAUUUUUUGCAUGACAAAUCAUUUCAACUUUGACGAUUUCAAACCUGACGCUUCCAUACCUUGCACAUGGGGAUGUGGGAGAUGUUCCAGAAGAUGGUGAGUCUGGAGUCCGGCAACCAGCACCAGAUCUGGGGCUGGAACGUGUUCCUCUCCACCGUGGGCGCGGUGAUCGCCGCCAUCUCGUUCAGCAUUUACGCCAGCGCCUUCGAUUUCGACGUGGACGAAACCGAAAUACCAGAGGACCGCGGCCUGUUGGACGACCCGGAGAACGUGCGGUUGGCAGAGCUGCCGGAAAGGGAGUGGAUCGAGAAGUCCAACAACACCAGCGAGUUUGUGAAGUGGUGCACCAAGACGUUUUUCGAGGACAUGCACGGCCCCGGGUUGUGGUACUUCUGGCGCGGUUUCCUCGCGAUCUGCCUCUCGUUCUGGGCCGUCCACGCCUACUCCAGUCCCUGGUACCAGCACGCACUCUUAGAUGCCCACCUGACCGAGCUGGUACCCGGUCAGGAUUCCUUGCUCCGGUCGAUGCAGGCGCACCAACUCAUCGCCGUAUGGGAGUGUCAGGAUUGAAAUCGUCAAAGUUGAAAUGAUUUGCCAUGCAUGAAAUGCAUGACCCGAGGCACGUGUGUUGCAGAGCAGGCAAGUGAGGCCGAUUGUAAGCCUGUUUGGGGUUACAGCUCGAGCUGCUAAAGUAGCAUGAGAAAAUCGCUCCUCUUUGCCUAAAAAGCAUGACAGAGUGGAUUUAGUGACCACCAAAAUUUGUCUUGCAAAACUUGAAAUCUGGGUUCCAACUGGCAUCCAUUUUAUGCAUGAGAAAUUAUUUCAACUUUGUCGAUUUCAACUCUGACACAUCCAUACGCCGCCACGGAGCCGUACGAUAACGACGGCGAUGAGGCUGGGCCAGACGCCAUCAAGGGCGGGAAAGAGGAGCCGCCGGAAGUGGAAAUCAAGGGCGAAAAAGUCUCGGACGGGCCGGGCGCCAAGCCGCAGGGCAAGGAGAAGGCCGCAGCCUCGUCGAUGCUGCAAUUGUCGCGCCGUGAACAACGGCAGAGACGAAAACUGUGGACCGAAUCGAAACGCAAGUCCGAAACGAUGUUCGGGUUGCUGUCAAACUACCACGUGCCAAAAUUGUGGGAGGUUCUAUUCGGCAGUGGGAUAGAAGAUGAGACAGACUUCGCGAAAAUAUUGCGGGGCAGAGGGAGUGCUUCGGGUACGGAAGCAGAUAGUAGAGAUUUUCCGGGCCGCCGAGACAGAGGCGCUUUGGAACAGCAAGGCGCAUCGUCGUUCUUAGAAACGGACUCCGACGACCGCGGCCACGUUGUUUCGCUUCUACAGACAUCACAGACCCAUCACACGACGCACCAUAGACAGCACACUCGCAAGCACAACCACAAUAAUUCGCCCGAAGAAAACCGUCGGAAGGUCAGGCGCUUGAUUGAGCAGCUCGGGCAGCCGAAGAGAAGAAAAGCUGCACCAGCUAGCUCGUCGUUUGCAGAGAAAGCGGAAGCUAAAAAUGAAGAAGCGUCGGCAGCGACUUCAUCUGCAGGUGGCUUGUCUGAGCAUUUCCAUCAAACGGUGGUCGAUUUCAAAAACGACAAAUCUCUGCACGAGGAGCCAGAUGAGGAGUUACAGGAAGAGGAGUCUUUCUUCAACCCAGACGAGUUGAAGCUCUCCACUGAUGGCAUCACAAUGUUCCGAAGAUACGACUCCGAAAAGCUGCAGGUGUACACGAGCGGGCUGGACCGGUUGAAAUACGAGCCUUUCGCAAUAACGGGGAUCGGAGACGAGUUGCACGAUGCUGAUUUCUUGCUUCGAGUUAGCUAUCCAUGGUCAAUGCAAGUGAGUCGUAGUAGUUGCGCGAUCUUCUAUGAUGUUGAGCUGCAGCUUCCGCGUUGCUAUGUUACGUAAGUUUUGAUGAAAUUGCUUCACUUUGUUCUAGCGUGAUGAAAAAAAUGAAGAAGUUCCGCGGAUGUAUGAGCAGGAUUCUUUAGCUCAAAAAUAGGGCUGCAGUUCUAGUGCGUAGCGUACGUAUAUAACGACCCAUUCUCCCUGUCCUUGGAUAUCAGCACAAAAACACCGAAACGGAUCGAGGACAUUUUGGGUAAAAGUAGCCGAAUCCGCAUCAAAACGGGAGAAGCUGAUUUGGAGGAUGAUGACGGCGAUGACAAAGACAAAGACGAUAGUACCGACGACAAGAAAGCGGAUGCCAAGAAAGACGACGACAAAAAAUCAGCCAGUGCAGCAGCAGCCUUGGAGCUCCACCUGCGUGAGUCCCAUCGCGACGGCGAAGUGGGGGGAGAUGAAACAAAGGCCACUGAGGAAACAGGCAAAGCCGCAGGCGAGGAACCGGCGGGGGACACGCUGCAGUUCGUGGAUUUUGUGACCUCCUCGACCCAGCGGACCGAGCACUUGUUCAGUAUGAACUACAGCUUGCUGAACGGCCGCGCGCCCUCGCUCGAGCGGCUGUUUUUCUUUACCAACGUGUGCAUGGGUGCGAAGGAUGUGACGGACAUGUCGUUUCUGGUCCACGCCUCGGCGGAGCGGACCAAGAAGGAGGAAUACGAGCGGCUCCGCGUGGAGAAGAAGCGGCAGCAAUUUCAGUGGCGGGCGGACGGCGACAGCGGGGAGUUGAACGGGGGCAGGUACGGCGAGUCUUGGCACAGCGAGGAGGAGGAGGCAGCGAAGGGCGAUGAGUUUUCCCCGGACAAAGAGGUGAAGAAACUGAUUUCCACCGACCUCACCUCUGCGCGGAUUAACGCGGAUAAGAAGACCCCGAGCUCCGACGGCAAGACGCUGAUCGAUCUUGGGGUGGGCGGAAGUCUGGAGAGCACGCGAGAGGUUGUCGGAAGUAGGGAGCAGCGCGACCAGGUGCGCCACGUGCUCGAUACAGGUAACAUUAAAAAUAACGACCAGGGGGAUGGUGCAGGGAACAGCGAUGAACCGUUCGCGGUGGUUGCGGUUGCCGGACGCGAAGAUCGUCGUGCUGUUGAAGCGACAACAAGCAGAAGUAGAUCAUCUGCAUCCUCCGCUCUGGAACAGGAAGAGCAACAGAGUAGAGCAGAAUCUUCGAACAAAGCUAAAUCCGACGCCGGCGAUGAUGCAAAAGAUAAAAAGGCCGCGGAAGACGGUAACUCGAAGAGCUCCACCACUCUGCUAGACCCGCUGCCGUCCAUUUCGACAGAAGAUUACACGGCGUUUUACGCGCCGAUCCGCAUGGUGGAUCCUGACAAGGAAGACGUGCCCUGGAACUGCGGAGAUCUGAUGCCCUUUAUUCCCUGAAAAUGGAGCACCCGCCCCAUCCACUUUUUUAUGCAAAACACGGAGCAAGGUCGCCUUUUCAAAAGUUUUGCAAAGUCGCGACUUCUGUCAUUUAAACCAGUGUAAUAUGCAGAUGGUUGAUUUUCAGAGAAUACCCUUUGUCCUGCUCGAAGACGACACGGUGCGACAGACCACCUACCGCAAGGGCCUACCCGCGUUCCCGGAGAUCGCCGUGGAAACCCACUACGUCGCUCCGAUACACAACGAGAAAGCCAAGGAGAAAUUUUUCGAGCAGUUCGCGGACGAGGUCGCACAGUACGGGCCGGCCGUCAAUCCGCAGCUCGCGGAUUCGAAGUGGUUCCGCAUGAAGUACAUCACCGGCAUUGUUUCCCGGGACGGCCUCCGCAUUUUUCUGCCUCUGAUCGUUUUCCUGGUCGACGUGUUCGUGUUGCUCGUCUACCUGUACAAUUAUCUCGUGUUGUGUGCGGUCUACUUCUACGGCGACAGUUACCACAAAGCCAAGUACCUGUACAGUCCGUCGAGGAAAGAAUACGACGAACUGAUCGGGCGCCGGCUGCCCCCGGGCACGUCGUCGAAAGAGAAAGUGGAGUACGCAAACAACAUUCCGAAUCGCAGGGGGGUCAGUCCGGUGUUGAUGUUCUACAACUACGCCAUCAAAAAGCCGGACGCGGGAACGGUCAUCGUCCUCACCGUCACAAUCAUCACGCAUAUCCUGAUGGGGACAGAUAACGUAUCCUCCCCACGAUAUAAUUUCUUUUGCAAAUUAUGAUCUAAAUCUAAAGGCUAAGGCUCCUCAGAGUGUGCUAGAUUCGCAGCCCCAUGGGGAGUGGGAUCUAAUGACGUUCGGGAACCAAGUAGUAAAAACAAUUUUUCAUUCCCUAGCCAGGAUCAGACAUUAUCAGUUGAUGUGUAUUGCGCCUCCAUUUUUAGCAGCUAACCACGUCUACACGACCACAGACUCGAAUUUGUGAUGCGUUACUUCGAAAGAGCCUUGAUGUGUCCAGCGGGGGUGGGUACUUACGGUUUUACCCCGGAUGGCCCACGUGCUCUCCUUCACGCUAGGUGGAGUCCGCAUGCGGCUCCUGGACAACGCGAACACGGCCCUGGUGCGGCCAUACCUGCAGUAUUUGAUGGGGGCGCGCGUCUUCGCGGCGGCCUUCUAUUUCAGUUCCUUCAAUACCGGGUUUGGCCUCAUCGUGGAUGUGGUGAGGAAAAACCGGAUGACGUUAUUCCACGCGUACUACCUGGCCCUGAUGAUUUUUUUCGUCAUUGGCGGGUUGGUCUUUCUCACCGAGCGGAAAAACGGAAACGUGAACGAGGGGGAGACGCAGCGCUUCACCAGCUUCGGGAUGGCAAGCCUGUUCGCGAGCCGCCUUUUUACUGGUAAGUACAGGAGCGCCACUUAUGAAGCGUUUGUCAUAGCGCUAGAUUGUUUUUAUUCUUAGUCUUUUUUUUGUUCUCCUUAUCAAACAAAUGUGAGUUUGUCUUGGUUCUUGCUGCAUCGCAUGAGGCAAUCGCGACCCCUUCCCCUUCGUGUUCGUUCACAUCAUGAAGUAAAUAAAGGGUUUUUGCACUUCAGAAGCGUUACAACAGUAACAGAAUGAAAAUAGAGUAUUUCCCACUUGUUUCGCCUUUCGCGCACAACAGGCAACAUGGGAAUGGUGAAGGAAUACAGUCCCGAGGGUACCAUCGUCGUCUUCCUGAUUAUGAUUCUCGCGGGCCCCGCCAUUCUGGGAAUCUUCGCAGGAAUUUUGACCGACGGUCUCAUGGCGGAACUGGACCACAGUGUGUUGCACCAGCAGGUGGAGCAUUUCUACGAGCACGAGGAGCUUGUCCGCGCCUGCGCACUGAAGUGGAAGAAGCGCGCACACGAACUAGCGGAACAGAGGAGAAAAGAGACUGCCGGCAACGCCGACGCGACGGUGCCAAUUUUUGCGUCGCGCGGGCCGCACAUGGGCAGGAUGGACAAACUCCCGCGCAAAUACGCCUACGGCGCGGACUCCUACCUGCGACAGACCUGGUUCCCAGGAAAGGUUUCGCUGCUCCUGCAUUUAUUCGCCUCCUUUCUGGCCAUUUACGUCUCCGCACCCUCCCGCUCCAUCGACGUUUUGGUCAAACCCGGGGAAAACCUCAAGAAGGAAACCGCGGGAAACCAGAAAGAGGUCGAGGAAACAAGUAAACUGUUCAACAAGGAGAACUACCCCGCGGCUUCGCGGGAGCCUGGCGACCUGCGGUCCGCCGCAGAGCCGGACGAAUUGGACGAGACAGCACCCGGGGCGAGUAGCAGCAGUUCUAGUUCAUCUUUUUCUUCCUUCAUCGAGACCACAUCUUCGACGGCAGGAGCUUCCCUUUAUUCUAGUUCGAGUGCAGUCGAAAAAACAUCGAGGAAAGAAGAACUACGACAAGCAGCUGACACGAAGGCUGUGCUGCACCUGCCGGACGGCGAGGCGUCGAAAAAGGACGCCGACAAGGCUACGGCCGUGGCCAAGACCACGUCGAUCACUGCGACGGGCGUGGGACCAAACGGGGAGAUCAUCCAGGCCGGCGUGACCGAAACGACGCUCGAGCCGGCCAAGGACGAGGAGACGCCGUCCCUGGCGGACUCGUUGGAGGAGCCCAAGUACAAAGUGAACGACAAGCGGCUGCUGGAAUCCAGCCUGUCCCCCACGACGCGAGUUCCGGAUUCGCUCGCGCACCAAGCGCACAAGUGGGCGAUCGACCCGGACGGGGAGAUGGCGCAGCUGAUCAAUUUCCGCGCGCUCUACAUGCAGGGCGACCGGCCCUUCGUGUUCUACUACCUGCUUCUACCGUUGCACUUCAUUUUUCUUGUCGAGCUGCUUUUCGCCUGCUACGUGGACCGCAUGAGCUACCGGAACCCGCUCAAAUCCCCGUGGCGGUGGUUGAACUUUUUCCUCAUCGUCCUCCUUGGAGCCCACCUCGCCAUGCACCAGUAUGAACUGCAAAAGUACUUAUCGUACUCGUAUAAAUGCAUUACAAAUUUCCUCAGCAUGAGAAAUAAAAUUUGUAAUGCGGAUUUGCGUUCAGAAAAAAAUUUGUAAUGCAUGAUUGCAAUACGAGCGCGAUACUUUUGCACAGGGUAGCCAGCGGCUCACCGCCAUGUACGGUGCAGACAACGAGGAGAUGAAGCCGGUGCUGUUUGAGGAGCGGGGCAACACGCUGGAGUACCAGAAGUUCGACAUGGCGGAGAAAACGACGGAGGACAGCCGACUCGUGCACCUGUACGCCAGUCCAACCGGAUAUCCAGGAAAAAACACCCAUCCACAUCCAAUUUGUCAUGCAGAACAUACAUAAAACUCUGUGUUUGUCAUGCAAAAAAUGGAUGUGGAUGGUUUUUUUUCUGUGGAUACCGGAACAACGGAAACAAUCAACUCCGGAGACAAAUCCGCCCCGGAAAAGAAAGAAGCCAGUGGAACUGGUGACUCGACACUGGAGACUCAGCAGGGAAUAAGCGUAAGAAGAGUGGAGGAUGGAAAGGAUAAAGAAGAAAAAGACUCAUCUACAUCUAGUACAUCACCAGGAGCUACAACUUCGAAGUCCUCGCCCGACAGCGCAAAAAAUAAAGAACAAGCAAGCGAUAAUGAUCGAAAGGAGGAAAAGAAAGAUGAGAGUGAGGACGUGCCGCUGCCCCCGGAGCUGAUUCCGGAGUACAAAAAGCUCGACAGUAUUGCCAAGGACAACUUCGGGCUGCAUCCCACCGAGCCGAAAAAACUGGCUGACGCGGCAAAGAUUGACAUCACGGAGCCCUACGACCCAAAAGCGGAGGAAAAGAUUGUGCGACGGGACAAGCUCACCGGUUUUCAAGUGUACUGCAUUCACAUGUAUCGGCAGGGGAAAUUGGAUGGCAAUACUUAUACCGCGCACAAGUACAGGGUAGUAUAGACUGGAGCUGCAUAUGUGGUAGCCUGGUAAAGAAAAGCAUGCUGUUGUGCAAGCUGCAUCGUAGAGGCUGCCCCGACGAUGAACACUGAUACUAGCAAUUGUGAACCCUAUGCGUUAGGAUAUCGUCGCGCGAAUCGCACACCCCGCAUUGAAGCUUGUGAUAGGUCGUACGAAAUUCCAAUUUCCGCUGCAUAAGAUGCAGGAGUACACCAUUGCUUUUCUCGCUUGUUUCCACGGACUUUUCUUUGCCCAGCACCUGAUGACGCAGCACAUGCGCAAGGUGCUGACCCGCAUGCUCACCUGUCUGCAGGCCACCGCGUUUCCCAUUAUGUGCGUCUUUCUCUGCACAUGUGUGGUGUUUGGCGAACUCUUCUUCCUCUUCGAGUCUUACCGCACGCCGGCAUGGUAUGGAUGUGUCAGAGUUGAAAUCGACAAAGUUGAAAUGAUUUGCCAUGCAUAAACUGCAAGGCAUGAAGUGCCUGUCUUGCCGGGAUGGCAAGUGAUGCCGACUGUCAGCCUGUUUAGGGUUUGGAAUAGAGCUGCUAAAGUAGCAUGACAAAAGCCUUCUUCUGUCCCUGAACAGCAUGACAAACUGGAUUUAGACGGUGCCUAAAUUUGUCAUGCACCGCUUAGAAAUUGGGCUUCCAACUGGUAUCGAUUUUCUGCAUUACAUUUUUUUCAACUUUGACGAUUUCAAAGCUGACGCUUCCAUACGUGGAAGUUCGGGCCGAAGACGAAAACGGGCGGUAGUAUGACGCCCUCAGAAUGGAAAUCCUCAAAGUGGAAAUAAUUUGUGACGCAUGGAAUGCGACACCAAAAAGACUGUGUUGCAGCGAACGCAAUGGAAGCCGACUAUUGUGCUUCUACGGGUUCAGAAUUGGGCUGCUGAUUAGCAUGAGAGAAGGGCACCCAUUUGCCUAACUAGCAUGACAGACGCGUUUUGAGUGCCCGGGAAAUUUGUCAUGCGCCGACUAUAAAUGGUGCUUCAACUGGAGUCGUUUUUUUGCAUUACAAAUUAUUUUCACUUUGAGGAUUUCCAACCUGAGGCUUUCAUAGGCAGACAGCAGGUGUUCCUGGAGAACAGUGUCAACACAGAAUUCAACUACACGCCCAACGGGUUGAUGUUCAGUUCGCUGGGAGACGGGUUUUUCAUUGCGUUCAACCUGCUCAACGGAAACUGGGAGACCGACGACUACUCGGAAGCCGGCAAUAUCAUCACCUGGGAUAUGGGACGAGGAAAAACCUUUAAUCCGAGGAGAGGAGUCGUCAAACAACUGUGUGGUCGUGACGUCUUUGUUUACGUACGUAAACAAGCACGAAUCUCCAGUUCUUUGGCACGGACGACCUCGGCACUGUUGGGGAUAUAGUCGCAUAGGCAUGGAUCUCACUCUACUCUCUGUAAGUGCGCCAUCAAAUUAAGAUGGCGAGACGCGUGCAAGAUAGCCCUUUAUUGGUGUUUUGAUGCACUUACUUGUAACAUGAUCACGCCCGACUUCUUCCUUCGGGAUUUCUUUUUCUCUCGUAUACUCCUCAUCUGCUUCUUUGGGAUAGGCGUAGGGGCGCUGCCCGUCGCCGCAGUGAUGCAGGCCGUAGGCAACGCGAUUGCGGUAUCCACAGAAAAAAACCCAUCCCCAUCCAUUUUUUGCAUGAGAAGCACAGGACUUCAUACGUGUUUUGCACGACAAAUUGGAUGUGGAUGGGUGUUUUUUCCUGGAUAUGCGGCAGAUCAGAACUUCCUCUCGGGCGCCAAGGACGACUUGGCUGAGGCGGUAAAGGCGGACGAAACACGCAUGCGGGGACGGCAGGCAAAGCUAAUGGACCUAGUGAAACAGGUAAAGAGUGGCAAGCGGGUCUCCAGACCGUCAGCAACGACAAGCAACCUGCGGAGGCCGCCGAAAGACUAG